UUCUGUUCAAAUUUUUCCAACGCGCCCGAUGGCGCUUUGUAAAACGUAAACAACAAUGCGUAAAGUCUCGCAACUUCCGCGCACAUCCCGGGUUAAUGAAAAAAUAAUUGAUUAUUAUCUGAAAUUCGGGCAGGAGCGUGAUUUAGAGAAAUAUAUGCGUCUAUAUUCGCCAUGCGGACACCACUGUGAAAGCAGGAGCCGCAGUACCACAACCAUCAGCAGUUGUCACAGUGAGGAUGAAGGACGCAUUUUCAGACGAUUGUUUGAUCAAGAUACAGAAACAUCUACAGAAAGCGAUUCCGAAGCUAAUGAAGUCGUUGUACCAAUUGAUUUGGAAACAAAAAAUAUGCCUGAAAAAUAUAAGAAGCCCAAGGGAGAUGAGUGUACGUCGUCUGCUCCUGACCUGCACACGCCGCCACCACGUAGGCAAAAAGACACUGACACAAGACAAACGCAAACUCCUGAGUCCAUUGGCAAGUCCCACAGGCGGCUCGAAUGGGAUUCAUUAGGGGAUGUGGGCUAUAAGAAGUCUUUAUCAACUAGUAAUAUAAGCAUUUUAGAGCGUUCUGUACUUAAGGAAUAUUUUCAAGAGAUAUCGUCCAUUAGCUCUUCGAAAAAAGAGGCAAAAGUUACUAAUGAUGGCGCAAAUCAGCAUAAGCAGGACAAACAAAAAAGCACCCAUAAAGCCGAAAAAAAUGGGACCACAAAAAUUGAUGCCAAUCAAGCUAAAAAAGAUAAUAAACCCAAGGAAACAAAUCAAUCGAAACAGUAUGUAGAAAAGUAUACUCUCAGCCGCAACACUCCACCCCUGGCUUCUAGCACUAUGAUGCCUCCAAAAAAUGAAAUAGAUAUUUCUAAUGCAGGGUCACGACCCAAACUAGUGUCCACAGGCACAUCAAUGUCGCUACAGAAGAGAUAUGAUCAAUACGCCCAAACAUCAGUGCAGCCCUUGCCUCAACUUACAUCACGAGAAGUUCAAGUUACUAUGUCAUCCGCUGCAUCAGCAACAUCUUCCACCGCUGCCGACACUGCGACACCCAGCAGUUUCGAUUAUUAUUCCUCGCGAUCGACUCAUUCUACCACUGAUGGCGAAGUUGCCAUGAGGAAAGGGUCUUUAAAUAAUAAACCUAAAAAUAUAAUGAAAACCAAAGAGCGCCAAAAACAACAACAACAACAACAACAACAAAAACAAAUGCAUCCAUUCGUGGCAGGAUUACAUGAAAUGCUAGCUUCUAAUAAAACGGUUAGCUCAAGGAAAGAUAGUAUAUCUAAAAACGCCAGUGAAACGAGCUUACAACAAGUACACGACACUUUAAAACAAAUGCUUACUGAAAAUAAAGAAAAUUCUACAGCAUCUUCGUCGUUAUUAAAUUCUCCACAACUGGAUUUAGGCAUCCAACUGCUUUGUUCACUGAUAGAUGCGCGAAGCUUAAAUCAAAGGCAAAAGAAAAAACUUGUGCGAGAUAUUGUAAAACGUAUAUCCACACUUAAUAUAGAUGACAACGACGCUGAUGGAGGGGAACGAUUGGCUAACCUCUGCGAAAAUGCUGUAUCUGCUCAGUCCAGUGCAAGUGGAAAACAUAUAUCAACAAAUCCUGUUAUGGAGGCUACAAUUAAAUCUACUUCGACCGUUACGAUUGCGAGAACGGCGAAAGGUCCAAUCGAUAUCAGCGAUAUGCUCCCAAAUAGCACUAGCGAUGAAGGAGGAGAACAGCUGGUACAUGUAAAUGUUAUAAACAAACCAUCGCCACCGACAACGUCAGCCAAAGCAUUAGCGAAAAUGGAUAAAGAAGAAAGUAAGAAUAUACGAAAAACACAAGCAAUGCAGACGCGCAUGCGUACGGACUCACAUGCUGAAAAUGGCAAUGCGCCAAGGCUGACGGAUCUAGUUGGAAGUACUACAAAGGAAACUUCUAAAAGUUUAGUAAAAGCGCCUACAAGUGCGGAGUUGAAUUUAGAUGCCCACUCGGACAAAGACUCCUCUGUCUCAAAAGCAAGCACCACUUCUAGAGAUGUUACUACACAGAAGACGCUAAUCAAUGUAGAAAAUGCUGGAGCUUCAGACACAGAUUUAGACGUAGCAGGCAAUUCAACAAUGCGCGAGUGGUUGAAUCCUAUGACGAAAUCUGAAAUUGAAUAUGAAGAGAAAAAGCUGGAACUUGCACGCCACGCCGCCAAGCGUGAUAAAAUAUUAAAGCGCGUAAAUGGUGAAAAAAUGGAUACCGAACGAAGAUCGCAACUAAAGUGGAUUCAGUCGGAAAUUCAACGCUUAGAAACAUUGCGCUCUCUGUUGUCCAAACCGAAUAUGGAGCGCGAUCAUGAAGGGGAAACUAUACAUUCGACAAAUAAUGACGCAACUGCACAUGAAGCUGACAAGUUAUACGACACUGUUUUCUCAGAUCAGCAAAUUGCAUCUGUGACAACCCCGACCACAUCCUCCACACUAAGCAGUGGUAACAAACCGAUGCAGGAAAUAGAAGUGAUAAUUGAAGAAUCAAACGAAGAUGUUAUAGUGUUAGAUGAUAAAAUAAAGCGUUCGAAGCAACGCAAGCGAGAAACCCAAACCGUAUACGAUAAACCCACCGAAACGGCCAACACGUAUGACAAUUUAACUGCCAGCAAGGCACGUUUUCGUACUGUGACCGAAACAGUUACUACGAAAGAAGAACAAGUGGCGCCAACUGAAUCUGUACGGUCUGGUACACCCGUACCGUCAUCACCACCAAAACAAUUGUCCGCUAGCAAACAACGCCAGCAACAACGCUCCAAAAUCGAUACGCCGUCCUAUGACAGUAAUGACGGGGAGAGUGUUGGCUCAUUUGCAAAGCAGCGCAAGCGUGAAUUUCUAGAGCAAUACCGCAACAAGAAGCGCAUCCAUUAUGAAUCAUUGCUACAUCAACAACAGCAGUUGUUAAUUCAACAGCAACAGCAGAUUAUUCAUGAAUUGCAGCAGCGCUGCAAUGUAAUGUCGCAUACGCCGGCAGGUGCGGCAGUUGGCCAUUAUUCUGUGCCGCUUAAAAUGCACAACAACUAUUGUCCAUGUGUGGCAGAGCAGCGGCCUUACCAUCAAGCAUAUUUUCGAAAGCCAUGCAAUGACAUAACUGCCGCACCGCCUCGGCCACAUACACAACCGCAAUGUGCGCCAUGCCCUCCUUGUCCACCGCGAGCUCAAACGCACCAGAGCGCUGAAGUCAACUAUUCUCGUAAAACACGAACAAUUCAUAGCGAACAGUCAACUUCGUCAAUAUUUUGCAUUUCCUCGGAAGUCUCCAUACCAAUGGGCUCAAGCAACACAACUAGUUCCACAACCACAACUACACAUCAGUAUGAUGACGUCGCAGGCGUGGGCGCUAUUACAGCCGGAGUUGGUGUGCAAACGGGCGCCUCUUUACGGCGCACGCAACCUAUUUUUGGCAGGCGGUUGCCCUAUGACCACAAUCAAGCAAGAAAUGUGCCAAACUGGACCACCUCCUAUCCGCAGCCGGUUUGUUCGGGUCAAUCGAUUAGUGUGCAAGUAAAGCCAAAAGCCAUAGCCUAUGUUAUACAAUUUGACAAGAAGACAAUGUCAACCACCACAACUACGACAACAUCAACAUCGCAACCCACUAACUCUAUUUCGAAGCCCAGCAAUGAAAUGAGUGAUUUGAUGAACGCUGAACCGAAACUAUGCGCCCUGCAAGAUUACUUAGUACGUGCCAAACCCCAAUUUGUAGCCCAUACGAAGGAGCGUAAGGCUAUACUUAAUCAAAUACAAGCGCUGCGUCAAGAACGUGGAAGAGAAUUACGCGAUAUAAUUGAGAAUGCAAGUGAAAAUUCCAUGCAUAGCCGAUUGCAACGUUUGCCACCGCCUGCAACAAAACGCUUGCGCAUCUUUGCCACUAAAGAAAUGAAAGCAAUUACACAAAGACAUUUUCAAAAUUUGCCGGAGGUUGUGAAGCAAGAAGAGCGUGUACGGGAGGAACGCCAACGAAACGGGAAUCGCUUAAUAAGAGAUAUUUUCAAUCAGCGCUUACAGCGACGUGUUCGCACUGGAAAGUUAUCAUUAAAUCACAGCAAAACAGUGAUUUAAAGGCGCUAUCAAGACAGUAACCAAAUGUUUGUGAAGAAAUUCAACUUUUUAGCGCACAAUUUAUUUCUUUAGCGAAUUUAAUAUUUAAUAAAAAUGAUAAUAUAUGAAUGGA